UUUACUUUCGCUUGGAUGGGCCCUUUACUUGCACUUGGGUAUAAAAAAACAUUAGACCCACAAGAUAUUCCUCAACUUGCCAAUCGCGAUAGUGCCACUGUGGUAUUUUCUCAGUUUAGAAAUGAACUUGAAUCUGAUGGUAAUGGUGGUCAAGUAAACACAUUCAAGAUGGUGAAGGUGUUGAUUCUCUCAACGUGGAAAGAAAUUCUAUGGACAGCUAUAUUCUCUGUUAUAUGCACGUUGGCUUCUUAUGUUGGACCAUACCUUAUUAACGCUUUUGUUCAAUAUCUCAAUAGCCCUCACCAACAAAAAUAUAAAGGCUAUGUGAUAGUGUUUAUUUUCUUUCUUUCAAAGCUCAUUAGUUCCCUCUCAGAGAGACACUUAUUCUUUCAAUUAAGAAAGAUGGCAAUUAGGGUUCGUGCUGCCUUAGUCUCAAUAAUCUAUAAGAAGAGUCUAAAGCUUUCAAGCCAAUCAAAACAGAGUCACACUAGUGGGGAGAACAUUAAUUUGGUGACUGUUGAUGUUGAUAGGAUUGGCUUUUUUAGUUGGUACUUGCAUGAUAUAUGGACGGUGCCUGUUCAAGUUGUGCUAGCACUGUUAAUCUUGUACAAAAGCCUUGGAGUUGCCUCAUUUGUAGCUUUUAUUGCCACAAUAAUUUUAAUGUUAGCAAAUGUUCCACUGGGAAAAUUACAGGAAAAAUUUCAAGAGGGAUCGAUGGAUUCAAAGGAUAAAAGGAUGAAGGUGACAUCUGAGGCUUUGAGGAAUAUGAGGAUUCUAAAGUUCCAUGGCUGGGAAAUGAAGUUCUUGGCUAAGAUAACUGAGCUUAGAAACUUUGAAACAAGAUGGUUAAAAAAGUUACUUUAUACAUUAGCUAUGACUUCCUUUGUCUACUUGUGCUCUCCCAUGUUUGUAUCCAUGGUUACUUUUGGGUUCUGUGUGUUGAUGGAAAUUCCGUUAGAGUCAGGGAAGAUUGUAUCUGCUCUUGCAACAAUUAAUUUAUUGAAAGGACCCAUUUAUACUCUCCCAGAUACAUUCUCUAUGAUAGUUCAGACUAAAGUUUCACUUGAUAGGAUAACCUCAUUCCUUUGUCUCGAUGAUCUUCAUCCGAAUAUAGUACAAACACUUCCAAGAGAUAGUACCGAGGUUGCAGUUGAGAUAGUCAAUGGGAAUUUCUCUUGGGACCUUCAUUCUCCUAAUCUCACAUUAAAAAAUCUUAAUAUUCGAGUGUACCAUGGUAUGAAAGUGGCUGUUUGUGGUUCUAUUGGGUCAGGCAAGUCAAGUUUACUUUCAUGCAUACUAGGGGAAGUGCCAAAGGUAUUUGGAGCCAUUAAGUUGCAUGGGACGAAGGCCUAUGUUGCACAAUCACCUUGGAUACAGAGUGGCAAGAUAGUAGAUAAUAUAUUGUUUGGUAAGAAGAUGGAUAAAGAAAGGUACGAGAUGAUCCUUGAAGCAUGCUCAUUGAAGAAGGAUCUAGAAUUGUUUACCUUUGGGGACCAGACUAUCAUUGGGGAUAGGGGUAUUAAUUUGAGUGGUGGACAGAAGCAAAGGAUUCAGAUUGCACGUGCUUUGUACCAUGAUGCAGAUAUUUAUUUGCUUGAUGAUCCUUUUAAUUCUGUGGAUGCUUACACGGGAACUCAUCUAUUUAAGGAGUGUGUGCUAGGAAUAUUGAGUUCAAAAACAAUAAUUUAUGUUACACAUCAAAUAGAGUUUUUAACUUCUGCUGAUCUUAUCCUGGUUAUGAGAGAUGGAAAGAUUACUCAAGCAGGAAAGUAUGAAGAAAUUCUUAGUUCAGGAACUGACUUUAUGGAGUUAGUGGAUCCACAUAAGAAAGCUUUGGUAGAACUUAAUUCUAUCAAACAUGGUAGUAUAAUGUGUAGUGAGAAGUCUAUUCAAGAUGAUGAGGAAAGGGAACCCAAAAACUAUGAAAUAGAAAAAUUGACCGGGUCAGAAGGACAGCUUGUCCAAGAAGAAAUGAGAGAAAAGGGUGGGAUUAGUCUUUCAUUCUAUUGGAAGUAUGUUACCACGGCAUAUAAAGGGGCUUUCGUACCAUUAAUAUUAUUGUUACAAAUUAUUUUUCAACUUCUCGUAAUAGUUAGUAGUUAUUGGAUGGUGCUGGCUACUCCAGUUUCAGAGGAUGUGACAUCUCAUAUUAGUGGAUCCACUCUCAUCUUUGUUUAUGUGGCUUUGACCCUUGGAAGCUGUCUUUGUGUACUUUUAAGGUCCAUACUCAUUGUAACUGUUGGAUGCAAGACAGCCACUAUACUCUUCAACAAAAUGCAUUUGUGCAUUUUUCGUGCUUCCUUGACAUUUUUCGAUUCUACUCCAAGUGGAAGGAUUUUAAACCGGGCAUCCACAGAUCAAAGUGCAGUUGAUACCACUAUUCCACAUCAAUUUGAAGAACUUAUUAUUUCAGUCAUAAGUUUCCUAGGAACUACUGCAGUAAUGUCACACGUUUCUUGGCAAAUGUUAAUAGUGUAUAUUCCGAUGACUAUAACAUGCAUCUGGUACCAGCAAUACUACAUAGCUGCAGCACGAGAACUAUCAAGGCUAGUUGGAGUUUGUCGUGCUCCGAUUAUACAACAUUUUUCUGAAUCUAGUUUAGGUUCAACCACAAUCAGGUGCUUCGAUCAAGAAGACAGGUUUAUAGACACAAACCUCAAGCUGGUAGACGGGUAUUCCCGACCUAAAUUUUAUUUUUCUGGCGCAAUGGAAUGGUUAUGCUUUCGCAUGGAUAUGUUGGCAUCCAUCACAUAUGCAAUCUCGUUGGUUUUCUUGAUCUCAAUGCUAAAGGAAUUACUCAGUCCUAGUGUUGUGGGUUUAGCAGUCACAUAUGGGCUUGAAUUCAGUCUACAUGGGGUUGUAUGGGAUUUUAGCAUUCUUGAAAGUAAUAUAAUAUCUGUUGAGAGAAUACUACAGUACGUCUGCAUCCCUAGUGAACCCCCUCUACUGGUAGAAGAAAAUAGGCCAUGUCAUGAAUGGCCAUCACAAGGGAAAGUUGAUAUUGUUGAUCUACAGGUACGAUAUGCCCCACACCUUCCUCUUAUCUUGAGAGGUCUCACAUGCAUUUUCCCUGGAGGGAUGAAGAUUGGCAUCGUUGGGCGAACGGGAAGUGGUAAAUCAACUCUCGUACAAGCUCUCUUCCGCAUGCUUGAACCUAUAGCUGGUCAGAUUUGGAUAGAUGGUAUCAACAUCUCCAAGAUUGGUCUUCAUGACUUACGAUCAAGAUUGAGCAUAAUCCCACAAGACCCCACAAUGUUUGAGGGGACUCUAAGAAGCAAUCUUGACCCGCUUGAAGAGUACACUGAUGAACAAAUCUGGGAGGCUUUAGAUCAAUGUCAGCUUGGUGAUGAAGUUAGAAAUAAGGAAGGGAAGCUUGAUUCCCCAGUGACUGAGAAUGGAGAGAAUUGGAGCAUGGGUCAAAGGCAACUAUUUUGUUUAGGGCGGGCAUUACUAAAGAGGAGCAAAGUGUUAGUACUUGAUGAAGCUACUUCAUCAGUGGAUACUGCGACUGACUAUCUAAUUCAACAAAUGCUUAGGCAACACUUCUCAGGGUCUACGGUCAUCAUAAUCGCACAUAGGUUAACAUCAAUUCUUGAUAUUGAUAUGGUCCUCUUUCUCGAUAAUGGCCUUGCACUAGAAUAUGAUUCUCCUGCCAAAUUGCUAGAGCUCAAGUCAUCAUCAUUUGCAAAGCUUGUUAAGGAGUAUACUCAAAGAUAUAGUUCCUAGUUUUUGAAAGGCUAAAUAUGUGAGUUUUCAAUGUUCACAUGUGAGAAGGCUCCAUUAGACUGAGGUGCAUUGCUAUUUGGAGAAU